AUGUUCUCUAAUCUGACCACGCCUACGUCAAGGCCAAAAAAAAGGCAACGUACUCCUCCAUCGGCGCUGAGUGAUAUCGCAGAAUCGCCGGGUCUAAAUACACUCCCAAGUCAGCGCACGUCAUUGCUCUCCAAGUCGAACUCAAACGAUGUGGACGAUACUCCUACGCCAUAUACGAUUACGGAGACUUCCCACGGUGUCUCGCUCAGUCCAGUAUACGAUACACAUGAACUUCAUCGUCCGCUGAAAUCUGCAGCUGUCUCGGACAUGAGAGGCAAGAGGAGAGCAAGGUUAGGUGCACCUACAGGCUUCUUGAUAAACACCUCUCAAGCCCCGGCCCUUAUCCGAUCACCUAGUCUAGACACAUUCAGAAGGCAAGCUGCUGACAUUGUCUUCAACGACGACGAAGACGACGACAACGAAGAAGAAGAAGAAGAAGAAGAAGAAGAAGAAGAAGAAGAAGAAGAAGAAGAAGAUCCUUUUGUUGAACUCGCGACAUUGAGGACAUCGAAGGUAGAUUCAAUGGACUUGGCCGGAGACCAGGCUAUCCUCACGCAGAACAGCAUCAAGGCUCAAAUCCGAUUCCCUAGCUCUAACUUCACACUCUCCGUACCUAAGACUCCCGAAAACUUUCCACUGCGGCUGUCUCCCGUCCCAAAUUACGAUACCUUUUACAUGUUCUCGCGCCGCUCAAGAGGAUCACCGAUUUCGUCAUCCGAGGCUCGGGACAAGACGAUGGAAAAAGAGGUAGCUAGUCCUAGUGGUUCUCCUGCAGAUUAUUCCAAAGGAUCACCGCUUAGCACUAUCAGGUUGAAUACCAAGAGCCUUUACGAUGAGUUGGGGUACUCGUCGCGCAAUUUCUGGGAGCCGAGUGACGAUGAAUUCGAAGAGAUGGAGGGAACACCAACACAGGCGAGCGACACCAACUUUCCAUCCGCGAGUCGAACUAAAUCUGCAGGAAACAUCGGCUCCCCGAUCUCGAAUUUGCAGCACUUGUCGCGCACUCCCACUAAGCAGCGGAAACAGGCGCAUCUCGUCGCGCAUCUUCAAGCACCCGAAUUAUCGCCGCGUAAGACGAUUGGAAAGAGUGCGACGAGGAAUUACAAGAGUUCUUUGACGUCAUUUGCUUGCCCUUCGCCGUUGCGAUCGGUUGAGCAUUCUCCGACAAAGCAGAUGGGCAGCUGGCUAUCCAAGCCCUUGGACCCUGCAUCAUCAGAGGCCGUCGAACCAAACACGAGCAUGUGGGAUGCAGAUGACGAGGAGUUUGAUCGGUGGCCAGGACCGGAAACCCUCGAUCGCGUUGGAGAGGACUACACUACCCGUGGACGCCAGAUGCGCGGUCUUCGUUCAACAUCGAACAGUACACCUGCAGCAUGCGACACCAAUUCAACCCUCCAGCAACUUGAAGACCUAAGGCAUGAGCUCCUCGAUAAGCGCUCCGGGAACCCAUACGGUAUGGACGCGCACGACACAGUAAUGUCACGAUUCUUUGCCACCGACGUACCCGACCUGCCCGCAUCCAAUCCACCUCGUCACAUGCAUAUCAUCGCUCAUGAUGCAUACUUAGACAGCGCAGAUGCCAUCGUUCGUUGCGCAAUGCCUCGUCUUUGCGACGCCGUUGCCACUGUCUUGUAUCUCACGAACCCAAAGUGCUUAAUAGAGUUCCUAGAUCCCAACGUUGAGGUCUUCGAAUGGCGCCGAUCAGGAAACCGCAUCAUGAUUCGUCGAGAGGGAAACCAGGUCAUUGUUGGGACUUAUGCUAAUUUCGGGACAAACUACGCUUGGACUUACUUUGUUCGUUCUGACAUCUCGGAUAAGGGCUUGUGGACGGAGACAUAUGCGUCGGUGUCUGUAGUUGUGACGCCUGUGUCAAGGCAUGGAGUUAUGUUUGAUCAGAUAGAGUCGGAGCUGAGUAGUCUGGGUAUUGAGCCGACAGAUCUGAAGUAUGCGCUGUUCAUGGGGCGCGACUUGGCAUACUUCUUGCUGAGUCGGGAGCCGUGGAGGUAUCAUGUAUUUCGGAAGUGGAUUGUGGAGUGGGAGGCUGAUGGUGUUGUGACGGAGGCAGUAGAGUAUGAGAGGGAGAUGCUGCGGCAAGCUGGAGGAUGA